AUGGAAGCCACUGAAUACUUCAAGCGAACUCUGUUCUACGAUAGAAGUCCUGCAGCAAACGAAUACUAUGAACGAUCUGCAGAGCGGAUAUUUGAAAAAAACUCCUCGAAAACUCAGAUAGACGUUCACGUUCAAUUCUGCAACGACGAUAGUCAGUGCAAAGGAAACAACAAAGAUGAACCCUCAGGCAACCUAAAACACACAGGCGUCUUUGAAAACCAUCGAGAGAAAGAGCAUAGGAAUGGUCAACGAUUGCCUUUGCAGACUGGACCGGAUGUCCAGCACGCAGCCGACGGAGGCGGCCACUCAAUCAGCUAUGAAAAGGAUUCACCGUCGGGAGGUCAUCGUACCUCAGACGAGGACGAUAGUUGGUCUUUGUCGAGCCAGACAUCCAGUACAGCUCUACCGUCUGGGAUGGACCAGCGUCAAGCAGACUCAGGUCCGCCGCUUUACCCUGGACUUCCCAAAUUGGCGUUCACCGACAUUAAGCCUAGCGAGAUCGAAAGUUUCGUCGAACGUACAAAGCUCGACUUCCGAGUCUUCUACCUACGACAGAGACACUCAUACAGCCGCCUGCAGAUCACCAAGGAAGAGUUUGAGAGGUUGCUUGCGUCCUGCCAUGUCUUCCCUCGGUUCAGCGAAUACGUGAUAGGAUUUGGCAUCAAAACUAGUGAACUUGAAGUGGGGCCUCCACCUCUUAAGUUUCGACCCAUUUGUACAUCUUAUGGAAACCAGUAUCGCGGCUUUGGUAGGUUCUCGUGUCCGUCAAGAUACUCAUUGCUGAACGAAGUAGAGUGUGCGUACAUCCUGCGAUAUGUCGAGAGGACAAAUCGACCCGGUGAGAGAAAGCCUUGGUCGUUGCGCCAAUUCGCUGUCUACCAUCGGUUCAAGCCUUCUCUGCAAAGUCGGUGUUCGACAUGGAUUCUGGUCGGAGCAUCGGAAAGGACGGUAACGCGUCUUGAUCAAUAUGCUAGAAGUGUGGACGAUUUGAUCGAUGCCAAUCCAAUUGAGCUGCAUGCUAUUUUUCUUGACACCGUUAUCACAAGUUGGAGACCUUACUUGUCUUAUCUCACACAGCUCGUUUCCGAACAGUCCAGCAAAGCUUCCGGUGUGUCAAUACGCAUCGAAAAAGAAGAAGAGGAAAGUUUCGUCUCAAUCAAUGUUGAAGAUCAUCAGCAACUGAAGCAAAUUGAAGAUUAUGUAGCUGAUCUAAUCCUGUGUCUUGAUUCGACCUCAGAUACCCUGACUACGCUGAGAGAGAUGUAUGAGCAACACUGUGAGCAUCAGCAAAAUACUAUACGCCGAUUUCAGAAUCGAACUGGAUCAGCGCAUACCGAUGCGGUUGCGGUUGCUCUUACGGAAAAAGCGAAAGAGAUCACAUACACCCGUAGAAAAGCUGAGUCUCUGCUGUCGAAGGUUCAAAACACCAGGACACUGAUCUCAUCAUUGCUUGAAAGGCAAAGCGGUUGUAACAUCGAUCAACAGAUAGCUGCACUCCAACAACUUGAGCAACAAUGA